UAAGAGCAGCCACGCUUGCUUUCUAUCUGUAGCUGGAACUAGAGUCCAAGGCACCCUUGAGCUUCUUUGUACAGCAGGAACGAGCACAGGAACUCAUUCAUCAUGUGUGACGACGACGAGACCACUGCUCUGGUGUGCGAUAACGGUUCUGGCCUGGUGAAGGCUGGUUUCGCCGGAGAUGAUGCCCCCAGAGCCGUCUUCCCCUCCAUCGUUGGUCGCCCUCGUCACCAGGGUGUCAUGGUCGGCAUGGGUCAGAAAGACUCCUAUGUAGGAGAUGAAGCCCAGAGCAAGAGAGGUAUCCUGACACUGAAGUACCCCAUUGAGCAUGGCAUCAUCACCAACUGGGAUGAUAUGGAGAAGAUCUGGCACCACACUUUCUACAAUGAGCUGCGUGUGGCCCCUGAGGAACACCCUACCCUGCUCACAGAGGCACCCCUGAACCCCAAAGCCAACCGGGAGAAGAUGACCCAGAUCAUGUUUGAGACCUUCAAUGUUCCUGCCAUGUACGUGGCCAUCCAGGCCGUGCUGUCCCUCUACGCCUCCGGCCGUACCACCGGUAUUGUGCUGGACUCUGGUGAUGGUGUGACACACAACGUGCCCAUCUAUGAGGGUUAUGCUUUGCCCCAUGCCAUCAUGCGUCUGGAUCUGGCCGGUCGUGAUCUGACUGACUACCUGAUGAAGAUCCUGACUGAGCGUGGCUACUCUUUCGUCACCACUGCCGAGCGUGAGAUCGUGCGUGACAUCAAGGAGAAGUUGUGCUACGUUGCCCUGGACUUUGAGAACGAGAUGGCCACCGCUGCUUCCUCCUCCUCCCUUGAGAAGAGCUACGAGCUUCCUGAUGGUCAGGUGAUCACCAUUGGCAAUGAACGUUUCCGCUGCCCAGAGACCCUCUUCCAGCCUUCCUUCAUCGGCAUGGAGUCCGCUGGCAUCCAUGAGACCGCCUAUAACAGCAUCAUGAAGUGCGACAUUGACAUCAGGAAGGACCUGUAUGCCAACAACGUCCUGUCUGGCGGCACCACCAUGUACCCCGGUAUCGCUGACCGUAUGCAGAAGGAGAUCACUGCCCUGGCUCCCAGCACAAUGAAGAUCAAGAUCAUUGCUCCCCCUGAGCGUAAGUACUCCGUCUGGAUCGGUGGCUCCAUCCUGGCUUCUCUGUCUACCUUCCAGCAGAUGUGGAUCACCAAGCAGGAGUACGAUGAGGCCGGUCCCAGCAUCGUCCACCGCAAGUGCUUCUAAGCUCUCGGCCUCUACCGGACCAACCUGUCGCUCGGGAACUUGCCGUUGUGUCUAUUAUUUCAUAACAGCAGCUUCCUUCCUCCUAGUUUACAAACACAUCGACAUCAAGAACAUCAAGUAGGGGGUAAAAACAAGGAAUCAUUGACACUGUUGUACGGAGAUUAUUUACUGAUGAACACUGUUUUUAUGUGAAGGAACCACUUUACUGACAAAAAAAUGGAUUCUGGAACCAAUCAUCAGCCAUGAUAGCAGAGUGAAGCAGAGAACACGUGGGUGAGAUGGGCCACAACAAGGCUCGGGCGAUCAAAUGUGUCAUCCUUCAACAACGUAAAGCUUCCCUUUUUAAAGGACUGGACUAGACAUAUGAUUGCCUCGAGUCCUUUUCUGUUUGUGUCUUUUUUUUGUUUUCAGCCCAAUGAUUCUGCCCAACCAACAGA